AUGAACAUUGCAUAUCAUCAGUUCAUCAAGGGACAACAUAGAACCUACUUCACUGCCAUAGACAGAAGACUACGUGAAGUCCCGUACUUGUCUCGUUAUGUCAUUCUCGAACGUUUUAAGAGGAAGCCCCGAUACAUGUCCGAAUGCUCAGGGACACCUAGGAGAGCCUACGAAUACAACUGCUAUGAUAGAAUUAGAUACAAGCCAACAUUCAACCCAUAUGUCAAAUUAAACAAAGACAAGAAAUAUCGAUUGGACAAUUGGGAAUCUAGAAAUGUGGAAAAGUUCGAUCCUCUCAAAUGUUACGUUAGAGGAAGCAGAAAAAUGUAUGACGUUCCUUUUUCCAUUCUACCGACCAAAGAUGAAUUAGGAAAUUUUCACCCCCCUUUACUCUCUGGGAGAUAUAGGGCCGACAUAGAAAAGCAGUACUACAUGCACGAUUUACCCUGGAUAUGGCACAAGAAUUUUUACACAGGAACAAAUCACUUCUGUGAUAAUAUGGUUGUUGGAAAGAAAGAAUGGUAUAGACGGGAACAGCAGAAGGAACGGAUGAAAGAAUCUAUAAGUAAAAUAAACGAUUUGGUUCUAGAAUAUCGGGAGGAAUUCAAGAACAAGAAAAGAUACAAUUUUCUGGAGAAGGUUGUCAGCACACUUGGGGAUGAAGCGGCACAUAAAUACAUAAGAAAAAUUAAACACAUCUAUUUAUGA